CCUUAACAGCAUUUCCUGAGCUGAAUAACCCAGUGAUUUGUAAGAAAAGGAGGAAAGAGAGAAAAAACAGAUAGGGCCCAAAAAAAAGGUCCUUUGCAGACAGUGGGAGUUUGGGACAUGUUUAGCUGGGUGUCAGGCUGGGUGUCAGGCUGGGUGUCAGGGAUCCCUGUGUAGGAGAAGCUGUCCUCCCUUCAUUGCUUUUUUGACUGCUGCUACUUCUGCUGCUGCUUAGGUGGCACAUUGAGCCGUCUUCCCUCUGGAGUCUUCCCUUUGGAGGUGAUGUCCUCCCCAGCCCUAAACUAUCUGUCACUGGGUCACCUAGAACUUCUCCCACCCCUCCUAGAUCCUUUCCUAUCUGCCUGCCCCCUCCCCAGCUCACUGACAGCUGAACUUCACUGGAGCUGCCUGGAUUUCCAUGGGCUGCCUUGGACUCUCUAGGACACCCGAUGUUCCCUGCAAACCCCUGAGGGCGAGGCUCCUGGUGCCCCUCUGUUGCCCAAGAGGAUUUAUCUGAUUUAAUUCACUUUUUAACUUGGAGAGGGAGGGGGAGGGUUCUCCCUCUCUGGACCAACUCAUGAAGAACAAGGGAGCUAAGACGAAAUUUAAGAAGAAAGGCUCCAUUGGUGCAUUUGGCUGUGAUCUAACGGAGUACCUGGAGAGCUCUGGGCAGGAUGUCCCUCAUGUACUGAAGAGCUGCGCAGAGUUCAUCGAAACGCACGGAGUGGUGGAUGGAAUCUACCGUCUGUCUGGGGUGACGUCCAACAUACAGAAGUUAAGACAAGAAUUUGGGUCGGAUCAGCCCCCAGACCUGACCAGAGAUGUGUACCUCCAGGACAUUCACUGUGUGGGCUCCUUGUGCAAGUUGUACUUCCGGGAGUUGCCCAACCCGCUCUUGACUUACCAACUCUACAGCAAGUUCACAGAUGCAGUAUCAUGCUCGUUGGACGGGGAAAAACUCUUCCGAAUUUUGGAAGUCAUACGGGAGUUACCUCCUUCCCAUUACAGGACUCUGGAGUACUUGAGCAAACACCUUACGCAAAUUGCAUCUCACAGCUCUACCACCAACAUGCACAUCAGGAACCUGGCCCUUGUCUGGGCCCCAAAUCUGCUCAGGUCCAAAGAGAUAGAAGAUGCUGGGUGCAAUGGGGAUGCUGCUUUCAUGGAGGUCCGUGUCCAGCAAGUUGUCAUUGAGUUUAUCCUCCACCAUGUGGACCAAAUCUUUAACAAGAUCCCAGCUGCCCCCAUCAAGCAGAAGGAAGAAUGCAGAGUAAUGAUGAUGAAGAGCAUGACUUUGCCAUCAGGGUCACUUCCCAUGAAGCUGGUCAGCCUGGAGGAGGCACAAGCCAUGAGUUUAUCUGCCACCCACCCUGCGCGGAAGGAGAGGAGGGAGAACAGCCUUCCGGAGAUUGUACCCGUCACCGGAUCCCUGUUCCACACGGUCAUCGACCUUCCUGAGAAUAAGAGGAAACUCUCCACCAAAUCUAAAAAGUGGAAGUCGAUCUUUAAUCUGGGUCGGUCCGGAACGGAAUCCAAGACUAAACUAAGCCGCAAUGGGAGUGUGUUUGUGAGAGGGCAGAAGGAGACGAGUGAUAAAGCCACCAUACGCCCAGCCAAGAGUAUGGAGUCACUCUGUUCCUUGCCAGCAGAAGGAGAAGAUGAGAAGGUGAGCCGGUUCAAGAGAUCAGCGGCCACUGGGGGCUUUUUCAUACCGGCACUGAAGUCUCGGGCGACCGGAACAGGCAGCACUUAUGAUGUCAGCAAGCAUGAAUGUGAAUGGGAUGCUGAAGAUGUAACAGGGGCCACAGGAGGGCAGACAAAUGGCAUGAGCCCUCAACCUAAGCCACUCCCUGAACAGAUGAAAGUUUUUCGGGUCGGUGAUGAUCUGGAUAGUGAGCAGACAUCUCCAAAGAUCAGAAAAAUGUUUUACACAGCAGGUGAUGGAGCAGCCAAAUCCAGCUUUCCUGGUAGCCUUUUCCCUCUAGAAGCCUCUCCCAGACACCAGAGAAAAGCCAUGAAUAUCUCAGAGCCAUUUGCAGUGUCAGUACCUCUACGAGUGUCGGCUGUUAUCAGUAGCAACAGUACCCCGUGCAGAGGUUCUGCCAAGGAUAGACCUCUACUGUCCAGCCUGGAGGAGCUUCCUUUAUUGGAUCCUGAUAGGAUCGAUAGGAUCUCCAAAUCUGCCACACUGGAAAAGUGCAGCCAUACUGGGAUUAAGGAAAGGCCUCGUUCUCCAACCAUUGGAAACAGUGAUAAGCAUGCAGGACCAAAGAGAACAUGUUCCAAUGAAUCUGAUACAGAAAAUGAAGAGGCGACUCUUACCAUCAAGGAGAUUUUAUUGGAGAUGUUGCAGGAGCAAGAGGCAAGUGAGAUAGCACAGAAGAAACUGACAGCAGAACAGACACCUCCGCCCACUGAUAAUUUACAGGCAGCCACCAGCUCCCCCACAUCUGGGCUUGACCCAGACUCAGCAAGGACACAGCAAGUGGAAAACCCAAGGAACCAACCAGAGCAAACAUUCCACGUUGACCAGGAGGAAGACACUUCCCUCUCUUUUCUUGACCCUCUUUGGUCAGAUAUUCAGCAGGAAUUAAAGAUCAUUGAGUCUGAGGAAGAGUUUCCUGUAUCAGAGCCUUCAACCGACUUCAAAGAAAUUCCAUCCCCUUCUGUAGAACCUGAAGGCUCAUCUGACACUGUACAGCCUGCCACUGACUUAAGCCAAAGUUCUCUUUUACCUGAAGAAAAUAAUGGUGGUGCUGUUGUAAACGCAUUAGUCCACGAUGAUCCCAGCAUUCAACAAAAAGAUGACAUCCUCCAAAAACAAGACUCCACACAACCACACCAGGAAAAACUGGAAAACAUUCCUCAAGAUACAGAUUCUGACUUUGUGCAAGUGGAGGCAACUAACUUUCUUCUACCUCAGGAAAACCAGCUUUGCAAGGAGCAUGAAGGACAUGUCAUUGGUGAGAAAGAGAUUUGGCUUAAUUGUGACUUGGACAAAGGAAAUAGCACUUUGGGUUUCUUUGAACCUGUGCCCAUUAAGAAUGAGACUGGAGAUUCCAAUGUGACACAAUUUGAAGCCCAAGAGAAAGAUAAUUUGCAGGUAAUUGUAGGCACAGUGGAGUCAGGCAGGGACAAGAGCGUACAAAUGUUGAGGUUAGAAAGAAAAUCGAGUGGGUCUUUAGAGAACGAUGACGAACUUGGUGGAGACAAUGCACAACCAUUUGAACUAGAAGAAUUCUGGGAAGAUCACCAGUGGGUGACAAGUCCAUUGCACUCGCCAAAAUUAAAAAAUAUGCCUGAAGCUAUGCCAAUCCAACCAAAACGUAGGGGAACCACCGGAGCACUUUAUAAGAGGCCAGAGUUUACUCGCAGUCUCUCUCUAGACAGCAAAGAUGCUCGAACGAGCAAAUGGACAUGUAAAUUUGUAGGCAUGAACAGAGUUGAUGGUCUACUGCAUCUCAGGUCUGGAACAGACACGUCAAUGAAGCAGGACUCACACAAUAAUUCCGAACAGUCAAGGCACAUGGGGAAAAUUAUAAACCUAUCUCCACCUGAAAAGCAAAAUACAUGUGGUUCUGGAGAGAAUAAAAAUGAUGAAGAACACAGGGAUGACUCUUUGCUGCAAAUCCCACCGGUCAAGAGCCAUGAAACAUUUCAUUCAACUUUGAUGCUGCCUUCCAUACCAGUGAAUUCAGUAGAGGUGCAGAAAAGAAAUGGGUCUCCAACAAUUUCUUCUCUGGAAAAGCCAGUUGAGAAUAGUUUUAAUAAGGAGGAGGCUUCAGGAAAACCCAAAACCCGACCAUCUUCCCUCAGCUUGGAUACUUCCAGUCCUGCAGGUGAAUUAUUUACAUUUGAGCGUGCAGCCAGCUGUGGUUCUAGUGAUAUAGGUGCUCAGACAACAAAAUUAUCCAACAAUCGAAAUCAGGGAAAGAGGGAUUCAUGGACUUUGCAUUCCUCUUUACAAACCAAAGACAAUGACUUGUCGUAUGUGCCUGCUGCUCACGCUGCUACUGGUCGACGAAACUCUGCACCUGUGAGCGUGUCAGCGGUGAGGGCCUCUUUUAUGAUUAAGAUGUGCCAAGCCAAAGCUGUACCUGUGAUACCUCCAAAAGUUCAAUACACCCAAAUUCCUCAGCCUUUGCACACAGUAAAUACAGAUUCUGAAGUUCUUCCAGCGGAUCAAAAAGAGUUAUCGGGUCAGCCCAUGUGUAACUCCACUUUAAGCCCAACUUCAACUCCAUGCAAUGCCCACACUGAUAAACCAAAGGUCCCUAAGCCUGAGAAAGAAGUUAUGGAGGAGAAGGAAAACAAUGAUCCAAUUUCAUUAGACUCUUCUCAUCAGUCUAAUAGCAGCAGCCAGGCAGAUAGCCGUGUAGUUUCUCAAGAUGCCCCAGUUCUUCGUCGCAAACGCACAUCUGGUGGGGAAGCUAGUGGAGACACACCUUUGUCAUCCAAAAUUGAUAGGCCUUCUGGGUUUUCAAAACCUAAUUUCAGGUCCAGACCUGGAAGACCUCAAAGUCUCAUCCUUUUCAGCCCUCCUUUCCCAAUUAUGGAUCAUCCCUCUCCUGCUGAUUCCAGAAUUCUUUUGUCCCCUAUAAAAAGCCCAACUCAUACCAUCUCUCAGGAGUCGGCACUGGAGAACCAAAGGACUCCCGACGGGGUCGUACUAAGGAACAAACUAACGAUUCCCAAAAAUGGUCAAAGACUAGAGACAUCUACCAGUUGUUUCUACCAACCACAGAGGAGAUCCGUCAUUCUUGAUAGCCGGAGCGGGAGACAAAUUGAAUGAAGAAUGUUGACUUCACUUCUAAAAUUUGUAUUGUCAGAAUUAAUAUAAUGUUAAAGUAUUGAAAGCGGUGUCGGGAGGUUGGUGUGUUAUUGUAUUUUCUGUUGAUAUUUCAUUGAAUAAGGACAUAUGGUUGAACGCCAAUGAAGAAUUGCUCACAUCUUAAAAUAUUAACCCAAACUUAUUUUAAUGUAUAAUGGAUGGCUUUGGUUGGUUGUUGAUAGAAACCCCAGUAAUGCAGGGUAUUUCUAUACUAUGGGUGGCGUUUGUUUGUCUACAAUUCUUAACACCCCAAGGACCUUCAGUUUUUGUGUAUCCCCAAUGUGCUGGUUUGACUGCAGUGCAGUUUACAUCAUCCAAUUGGUAGGCAAGUUUGAGUCAGAUAUUUGGACUUUAUACCAUAUAUAGAGAAGUCAGCCUCCAUAGAGGAUUUCGGACAUGCCCAUGCCCCACCAUGCCCUGGGGCAAGACCAAUCACAACCCAUCCUUGCCCAGUUAUACCCUACACUCCUUGUCCUACACAAGCCAAUAGUAUGACUAGGGGAGGCUACCCAAAAACAUGGUAUGAGGAACAGGUCUACCUAUAUAGAAAUUGAAAAAGAAUAGUGUUUUUUGCUUUGCUUAUAUAUGGUAUACUGGUAGUGAGUUGUAUGUAUUAAAGGAAAGGUUCACCUAUAAGUUAACUUUUAGUAAAAUCACUAAAUCUAAACAACUUUCCAAUUGCCCUUCAUUUUUUCUUUAUUAUAGUUUUUGAAUUAUU